AUGGAAGAAAAAUCAUCUUCAGCUGUUCACGCUGUUGCUUUUCAAGAGCCCUCCACGAUGGAUACCCCGGAUACCCCAACAGCUGCGGCUCACGCCUCUCAGAAGGAGCCAAUCCCCGUGAACGAGGUCUUCAAUAACUACCACGAUCAGUUUCAUGACUUUGACGACCCGGAAACUUAUAAUGAAUAUAUGGAAAAGGCCACCAGUCGAUCCACGUCCAAUUUCGUUGUUCGAUUUGGGGCCAACAAGUCGAGGAUUGCGACUAACCUCACAGAACAAGAUGUGGACGCCCUAAUACACCAAACCGCGCCUGGCAAGGGCGAUCAGGACCUACCGGUGACUUGGAUAAAUCUUUGGUCGGUCAACAGUAAUGUCGGAAUCAUCAGGAAACUCGCCCACCGCUACAAGUUUUCAACGCGCUUGAUGUACUCGAUCCUCACAUGGGAUGUCGCGAGGCAGCAACUGGCAGAAAGGUCCUCCCCUUCUGAACCUGUCAAACCAGAUCAUUGGCAACGCUUACGGUCGAGAACUACGGCCUUACGAGCGGCAGACCCAGAGCAGGGGGUCGGUGAUGGGACAGGUGCAAAGCCAGCAGCGCCACGGCAACCCGGGGCUGACACUUUAAAGCUCGACGACGAGGAUCUAGACAUGUUUAAGCUCUUGCAGGGCACUUACAACUACACGACUGUCGACCAUGGCCCGGAUUUCAUCUGCAUAGGAGCCAACUGGUUGCACGAAAGACCCAAGCAGCUGCUGUCUUCAGAACUGGGGCGCAUUUAUGAGGCUUCCGCUGAAUUAGUGCCACCGAAGCAUUGGGCUUGGUACAUUCUGACGAGCGACCAAGCCCCUGUGUACCUCGAGAUUCCGAAGGGCGUCAAAGUAGACCAUGACAGAUUGCAAAAAGAUGAGCUGCAGAGCAUGCGGAAAAACACAAGCGCUCUUCUAUCCCAGCUCUCGGCGAUAGGGAUCCAGAAGUAUCUGUUGCGAAUUUCGGCUUCAAAGGGCGUCCGCUCGGAUUUGAAGCCUAGAACUGAGCGCGGUACCGUCCCUGGAGCCAGGACGACUGUGAAGGAGUCUGAAGCGGACGUCGACGGCUCGGCCAACCUGUUCUUCUACCUUUUCGAGGACUACUCUGCAGGCAUUUCGAUUCUGAAAGAUUCUAGCACGACCCUGAGCAGGCUGACGGACGAAGUGCUCCAAAUCACUGGUCGACACAACAAGGACAGAGACACCUCAUACAUCAUCAAAACACUCUACGCGAGAAGCAAAGACCUGCGGCAGCUCAAACACCUUUUCGAGAGCUACGGAAAGCUCAUCAUGGGAGUCAUGGACCUCGGCACCGAGACGGGGAGCGAUGACAAGGAGGCCAUGACGGCCUCGACAGCCAACCUGAACGGAACGCCGGCCAGGGGCGUCAAGCUGUCGCAAAAGGCGUACGACCGCUUCGCGCGGCUCAACGACCGCCUCAAGCUUCUGAUGCUGGACACAAUCGACGAGUACCUGGAGGAGAAGUCGUCGCUAUCCAGCACCUACUUCAACCUCCUCGCCCUCAAGGACUCGCAGGCCACGGCCAAGCUCAACCGCUCCGCCUCCCUGCUCGCCAAGCUCUCGGUGUUCUUCCUCCCCAUCUCCUUCAUGACGUCUUACUUCUCCGUGGAGAUUCCUGACCUUAGCCAGAGCUGGACCGGCAGGACGUACUGGAUCAGCUUCGCCGUGAUCGCCACACUAUCCUUCAUGAGCCUGUUCUUCUUUAGCCGGCUGCUUAUGAUAGUCUCGGAUAUACUGGACGAGAAGCUCAACAACAUGCAAAAGGGCACUUGGAGGACAGUGAAGACGGUGACGAAAGAGGUCAGUGCGAGGACGAUUGGGCGGAGAGGAAGCGCAGAUAAUGAUGAGAAGAGGUUAGACGAGGAGUAG